AUGGCGGACAAGGCAGUCUCAACUGUAUCCAAGCCACAGAUGCGUGGCCUUCUCAAUUCUGUAAUCAAACGCAAUCUGAUUGUGGCGCUGACUCUGGCUGGUUUGUCUGGCUUUGCAUUCAAGCAGCUUGUUGGUAAUGAGCGCAAGAGGAAAUAUGCUGAAUUCUACAGAAAUUACGAUGCUGAAAAGGAGUUUGAAGAAAUGCGCAAAAAGGGCCUUUUCCAAUCCUGC